AUUUGGAAUUGGUUGGCUUUUGACUUUUGGUUUUGGAUCCUAUUCCUAUGAAAUUUCGACCACUUAGUAAACUGCAGAAGACUCUUGCCCAAUAUAGGAAACCAGAAAUAUUGUUUCGUCCAAUUUCUAAAGCAACAGUAAGUUUUGAUCCAUUCGAUAGUAACUCUGCGUCAACAAGGGAAUUUUUGUUCCAUUUGAGAUCACGCAAAGUAGAGAAGCAGCUUCCAAACUUGUUAACUGAAGUGAAAUUGUAUGAGAAAGGAGAAAGUCCCAGUGUGAAGUUAGAGUAUGUCGAUGGUACUGAACAGCAUUUGGUUACAAGUUCUAUGUCGCUAUCUGAUAUUAUUUCUGCUAUCGAGCAAGAGUCCAGAUGGAAGGGUGAAAGUAUCAAAACUCCUAGUCAGUUGAUUAUGGAGAGAAGAAAGCGUUCCACAAGUUCCUAAAAGAUUAUUCAACUCAUUAUGUGGUGA